AGCCGGUGUUGGCUAUCUCUAGAAAUUACAUUACCAUUCCUCUCACGCUUUCCGCUUCCCAGCAUCGUCAACCCAGUCACUUCGCGAUUAUGGCUGAACCUGAGGAUGUUGAGGAAGACCUCUUCGCCGAUUUGUACGAUGCCGAUGACACUACGGCUCACACGACGUCUGUUGUAGAGCCUCAACAGGUUUCAGACCCCAUCACCGCCGCUCCACCGGUUCCCGCGACUGAACCGCAUACGCAAUAUGCGGAUCAGCACCAUGGUGAUGUUGAAGUGGGCGGAUCCUAUCAAUAUUCCCACCAGUCUGGCAAUCAUGUGGGAGGAGAAAAUGGAGGCGCUGGCUUUCCGAACGCCUUGGCAACUCCAGUGGGCGACUCCGAACCUCAGGGGACCGGAAUCAAAGAAGACGGGUGAGUAUUAUUUUCAAUCGAAGACCCCUACAUCGUGUUUUAUUCGUAUCAUGCACUCUUCGUUGCGCUUGUGACUUUGGUGGCCACGGUCCCAAAAUUGCUUCUCAUCCCCUUUCCUCAUUUCUCGUCUUAUCCCUGGUCAUCAAGAGGGGAUUUGUCAGUGUCUGAAUGUUGCCACUGCGUGGGCCUCAUUUACCAAGCGAGACAUGAGCGAUUCCUGUACACUAUUCAUCGGACCCCCAUCCAGCCCCAACAAUGGUUCGUGAAAGUCGAUUGAGUUUCGGGGUCUUGGUGCUGUGUGCGAAAGGGUCAGGUUCUAUCAUCUCGGUCAAGGAUAUCUCCUGCUUUGGGUCGAUCGUGGUUUCUGGAUGGAAAAGACAUCUCGGCCUUGAACAAAAAAUUUGAUAUUAAGAGGAUAUUCUCGCUGGCGAUGUUGAAUUUCGUCUAGUACUCACC